CUCGUAUCUUUGGUAUCCCCAUCCUUCCCCUUCUUCUUCCUCUCCUCGCUAAAAAAAAAUCUCGAAUCCAAUUCCCAUAAUACGCUCUUGUUUUUCCGAAAUAUCCAAUUUCGUCCAAUUCGUUCCCAUAAUGCUCCAGAGCCUCCUCCCACAGUCCCCCAUUAAUGCGAACUCGACCUCCAACUCCUCCGUCGAUCCAAUGAGACCCAAGCGCUCCGACCGCGAAGCCUCGUCCUCCUCCGCCACUGCCGCCGCCGCCGCCGAGUCGGCGGAGGGCGAGGAGGACGAGCAACGCGCGCGAAAGAGGCAGCACCAGUCCGGCGAGGCGGAGAUGGAGGAGAGGGGCGAAGGCGACGGCGGUGGCGGCAGCGGAGGAGGAGGAGGAGGAGGAGGAGCGGAGUCGAGGGGGCUUCGACUGCUGGGUCUGUUGCUCCAGUGCGCGGAAGCGGUGGCGAUGGACCACCUGGCGGAGGCGCGCGACCUCCUGCCGGAGAUCUCGGAGCUGGCCUCCCCCUUCGGCUCCUCGGCGGAGCGCGUGGCCGCCUACUUCGCCGAGGCCCUCCACGCCCGGAUCGUGAGCUCCUUCCUCGGCGCCUACUCCCCUCUCGCCCUCAAAUCCCUGACCCUCGCCCAGAACCAGAGAAUCUCCCAGGCCUGGCAGGCCUACAAUUCCAUCGCCCCCCUCGUCAAAUUCUCCCACUUCACCGCCAACCAGGCCAUCUUCGAGGCCCUCGACGGCGAGGAUCGCGUCCACGUCAUCGACCUCGACAUCAUGCAGGGCCUCCAGUGGCCCGGACUCUUCCACAUCCUCGCCUCCCGCCCCGCCAAGUUCCGCUCCGUCCGCAUCACCGGCCUCGGUUCUUCUCUCGAGCUCCUGGAAGCCACCGGCCGCCGCCUCUCCGACUUCGCCGCCGGCCUCGGGCUCCCCUUCGAGUUCCGCCCGCUCGAGGCCAAGAUCGGCCACGUCACCGACCCCGCCGUCUUCGCCCCCCGCGACCGCCGCGAGGUCACCAUCGUCCACUGGAUGCACCACUGCCUCUACGACGUCACCGGCUCCGACCUCGGCACCAUCCGCCUCCUCAGUGCCCUCCGGCCGAAGCUCGUCACCAUCGUGGAGCAGGACCUCAGCCAUGGUGGGGAUUUCUUGGGGAGGUUCGUGGAGGCGCUGCACUACUACUCGGCGCUGUUCGACGCCCUCGGGGACGGGGCAGGGGCCGACAGCGCGGACCGGCACGCGGUGGAGCGCCAGCUGCUGGCGGCGGAGAUCAAGAACAUCGUGGCUGUGGGCGGGCCGAAGAGGACGGGGGAGGUGAAGGUGGAAAGGUGGGGUGACGAGCUCCGGCGUUCCGGGUUCCGGCGGCUGUCGCUGGCCGGGAGCCCGGCGGCGCAGGCCAGCCUGCUGCUGGGGAUGUUCCCAUGGAAGGGCUACACAUUGGUGGAGGAGGGCGGGUGCUUGAAGCUCGGGUGGAAGGAUCUCUCCUUGCUCACCGCCUCGGCGUGGCAGCUCUCUGAGUCGUCGGCCAAUGACCAAGACGACGACGGCGGCGGCGCUCGUCACCACGUCGUCUCAUGAGAACUUUUACUACCCUCUCUUUUCCUUUACUUUUUCUUUCAUCUCAUGUUCAUUACUUAAUCAGCAUCGUAUCCAGUCUUCCUCGUAUUUUUCAUGUCCAAAUGCUGCUCGUUUAAUCUACCAUUGGAAAUAACGGUGAUGGUGAAGGUGCCAGAGUCAACAGGUCUGUCAUUCUUUUGCACUGCUAGCUGGGAUGGAAUACAGUGUUAUCCAGUAAAAGUUGGCA